AUGGUGCCACUGUGGCGUCGAAGUACACUGGUCGAGCUUGUGCAGGACUCGGUUGCGGAGAUCCUGCAAGUCACGGAAGCUGUGGAGCCAAAUCGGCCACUGAUGGACUUGGGCUUCGACUCUGCCGGGGCUUUGAAGCUGCGGAGCAUUCUAAGCAGGCGCUUGAAUUUGGAGCUUCCCCCGACGAUGCUUUUCGAUCACCCGACAGUCAAUGCACCAACCUUAAACUGCUUGGGAAACACGUUUGUUGUGCCGUGCCGUGCGGAUGCUGUCGUGGAAGUUCCACUUGCUCGUGCUGCCCUUGGUCUUCUCUAUCCUUUGCAAGCUGUCAAGAGCUCUGUUUUCUUUGUGUGCCCAGGCCUUCGUGUGAUUGAGCAUGGUGCAUUGGUGACAAUUAGUUUCACAUCCUUCAUGAUGUUGAAGGGUGCCGAUCUCUUUGACCCCGGCUACUUUGGAUUCGGCACCGCAGAGGUCGAAACAACAGACCCGCAGCAGAGACUGAUGCUUACAGCAGCAUAUGAGGCAACUCGCGGUGAUGGCUACGACAAGUCGCUUCUGCAAAGUGCUCCCUUCGGCGUCUUUGCUGCGCUGACCAACCUGGACUGGUACCAACUCGUCGUCCCGACAGCCGGAGCACACACUGGCCCUGGCGUGUCGGGAGCCAUUGGUGCGAACCGCAUCAGCUACAUAUUUGGUCUCAAAGGUCCCAGCAUGACGAUCGACACUGCUUGCUCGUCUUCCAUUUCGGCACUCCAUGCAGCAGUUCGCUCGUUGGAGGCCCAAGCAAGCUCGCUUUUCUAUCUCUCUGUGUUCUGCUGGCUUUUCUCUGUUGAGGUCUUGCAUGGACCCACCAGCUUUAUGUUGCGCUCGGUAGCGGGAAUGCUUUCACCAGAUGGUCGCUGCAAGACUUUUGAUGCGACAGCAGACGGCUACGUUCGUGGUGAGGGUGCCGGUGCCCUGCUGCUGAAAGGGCGCGACGAGGUCUCUGUUGGGCGUUCGUGCGGUGGCCGCUUGGCAGAAGAGCUGGGCGUUUCUGGAAUCGGUGAGUUGUUCUGUGAUGCAACCUCCAAGGUCAUGAACCAAGAUGGCAGAAGUGCCACGUUGACGGCCCCAAAUGGUCUUAGCCAGGAGGAGCUGCUGAACAGCGCCUUGCAGCAGGCAGAUCUAGAACCGGCGGAGAUAGGGGCUAUAGAAUGCCAUGGUACCGGGACAGCUCUGGGAGAUCCCAUCGAGGUGGGAGCCAUCAAGGCCGCUAUGGAGCACCCGCAGCUCGGAUCUACCUCAGAGUCUUUGGUGGUGAGGCUGGCAAGUCAAACCACGGCCACCUGGAAGGGGCUGCUGGUUUCGCUGGCAUGCUGA